AUGAAGCGUUUUAUGGACGAUCGUUAUUAUGGAAACAAACGACAGCGUUCGGAUCCAGAUGGCUUCGAAUUGCGCGUUUUAAUACCCAGUCGAGCUGCCGGAGCAGUAAUCGGUAAGGGCGGGGAUAACAUUAAACGGCUGCGAACAGAGAACAAAAGCGGUCGCGAUGAAAUGGAGCUAAGGAUUUUAGUGCAUCAGAGCCAAGCAGGAGCAAUUAUCGGCCGUGCGGGGUUCAAAAUCAAAGAACUACGUGAUUCAACAGGAACGAGUAUCAAAGUGUACUCGGAAUGCGCUCCGUUAUCUACCGACAGAAUAAUACAAAUCAACGGCGAGCCAGACAAAGUGGUGAGCGCCGUCAAAGAGAUUUUGAAGAUCUGUAGCGAUACACCAACCAAAGGAUCAUGCAAACCUUAUGAUACUAUUAAUUAUGAUCCAACUUGUGUGUACGAAUAUGGCGGAUAUCCGCCAGACAGAAACUUUCGCGGUCCGCCGUCUGGGCGAACUGUAAGUAGCAGAGGUCCGCCUGGGCGUUACGGUGGUGGAUACGCAAAUAAGUUCGACUCCAGUCUGUUAAAUGAUUCCUACCGGCCGAUGGAUAUGGGUCCAAUGAGUGUUACGAUCCCAAAAGAGCUUGCCGGGACCAUUAUUGGUAAAGGUGGAGAACGGAUUAACCGUAUUCGCGAAGAUUCUGGCGCACAGAUUGUUGUUGAUCCACCUGCUCCAGACUCUUCUGAGCGAAUCAUUACUAUCACUGGAAAUCCAAACCAGAUCAAGGUCGGUCAGUACCUGCUACAACAGUGGUAAGA